CAGGGCAAUUUGAACUUUUUACCAAAACGCAUCUAGAUCAACAGCAUCAUGGCGUCCUUCAAUCCGACUCAGAUCUUUGAUGAUGGUACGACCGAGGAGAAGGGCGAGAAUGCUCGUCUCUCCGCCUUCGUUGGGGCUAUUGCGGUUGGGGACUUAGUCAAGAGCACUCUGGGACCUAAGGGUAUGGAUAAGAUCUUACAAAGUGCUUCGACUGGAGAGAUAAUGGUCACGAACGACGGAGCUACCAUCCUCAAAUCCAUCGCCCUCGACAACGCCGCAGCUAAAGUCCUUGUAAACAUCUCCAAGGUUCAAGACGAUGAAGUUGGAGACGGAACCACAUCUGUCACAGUCUUGGCAGCAGAGCUGCUCAGAGAAGCAGAGAAGCUGGUCGACAAGAAGAUCCACCCCCAGACGAUUAUUGAAGGCUACAGAAUAGCGAGUCAGGCUGCGCUGGCAGCUCUGGAGAAAUCUGCGGUGGAUCACAGCCAAAAUUUGGAUGCUUUCAAGAAAGAUCUCUUGGCCAUAGCACGGACGACCCUGAGCUCUAAGGUGUUGUCGCAGGAUCGAAAUCACUUUGCGGAGCUGGCAUGCGAGGCCGUGUUGCGGAUGAAGGGUUCCUCAGAUCUCAGCCAUAUCCAAAUCAUCAAGAAAGCUGGCGGAAAGCUCAACGACUCGUACCUUGAUGAAGGCUUUAUCCUUGACAAGAAGAUCGGCGUCAACCAACCUAAGCGGUUAGAGAAGGCUAAGAUUCUUGUGGCAAACACAGCAAUGGACACCGACAAGAUCAAGAUCUUUGGCGCUCGAGUCAAGGUCGGUUCUACAGGCAAGCUGGCCGAGCUGGAGAAGGCAGAGAAAGAGAAGAUGAAGGCCAAAGUGGAUAAGAUCAAGGCCCACGGCAUAAACUGUUUCAUUAAUCGCCAACUAAUCUACAACUGGCCCGAGCAACUAUUCGCAGACGCAGGCAUCAUGUCGAUCGAGCAUGCUGAUUUCGAUGGCAUUGAACGCCUAGCUCUCGUCACUGGUGGUGAGAUCACCUCAACCUUCGACCACCCAGAGCAAGUCAAGCUCGGCCACUGUGAUCUCAUUGAGGAAGUCAUCAUUGGCGAAGACACCCUUAUCAAAUUCUCAGGAGUAGCGGCAGGUCAGGCAUGCACCAUUGUUUUGCGAGGAGCAACCGAACAACUCCUCGACGAGGCAGAGCGGUCCCUCCAUGAUGCGCUCGCCGUCCUCUCCCAAACCGUCAAAGAGCCCCGCACAACCCUUGGUGGCGGCUGUGCCGAGAUGCUGAUGGCAAAGGCGGUUGAAGGCGCAGCCCUCAAAGUUGACGGCAAGAAGCAAAUCGCAGUCUCUUCUUUCGCGACAGCUUUAAGGCAGUUACCUACGAUAUUGGCGGAUAAUGCAGGGUAUGAUUCCAGUGAUCUUGUGGCGAAGCUGAGGACGGCAAUCUACGAUGGGAUGACGACGUACGGGUUGGAUUUAUUGACUCCCGGUGGUGGGAUUGCGGAUAUGAGGGAACUGGGUGUAGUUGAGAGUUAUAAAUUGAAGAGGGCAGUGGUCAGUUCGGCGAGUGAGGCUGCAGAGUUGCUGUUGAGAGUGGAUAAUAUCAUCAGAAGCGCACCACGGAAACGCGAGAGGUGA